AUGGAUCCUGUGCUUCAUCACUUGUGUGAAGGGGAAGAUGAUUCAGAAGAAGAUGAAGAGAGCUAUGGCGGCGGGGUUCAACAAUGCAGGCGGAGGAGAAAAGGGGCGAUAAUGGAGGAUGGGUUCGAGCAAGAAACGCAGAGAGUGAAGGGGAAGAAGAGAGGGAAAGGAGGGGAAGUGAUGGUUGUGAAUGGCGGCGGCGGCGGCGGCGGCCGGAUUGUCCGCGCCACCGGCCGGAAAGACCGUCACAGCAAAGUCUGCACCGCUCGGGGAACUCGGGACCGCCGUGUGCGGCUGUCGCCGAACACCGCAAUCCAGUUUUACGACGUUCAGGACCGGCUCGGAUACGACCGACCCAGUAAAGCCAUUGAUUGGUUGAUGAAGGAGGCCAAAGCUGAGAUUGAAGCCCUCAACGCUGCAACUUCCAUGAAAGAAGAAGAAGAAGAAAGGAUAAUUCUUCAGAACUGCUCAAAUAAUAAUCCCAGUUUCUCAGUUUUCCCAAUGGGAAAUAAUGUAUCUGAUUUGGACCCAAAUUGUCUCUCGUCUUUCCCAGACGCCUCUUCCUCGUCAUCAUCCAUCUUUUUCUUUGAUGAUCAGAGGCUAAUCAGUUGGAAUCUCGGCCCAGAAGAGGGCUCUUUCAAUCCACCUGUUAUAGCCCAGAACCAAGUGUUUUCUCAGAGGGAACCCCUUCAGUCCAGCUUUUUUCCUCACACUUUCUCUUACGCCGCCGCCAUGGGAGGAUUUGCCAACAAUAAUGAGCUCUCAGGGCUGUCGUCUACGGCGGAGGACCACCACCAGCACCUCUCUUCCGGCAAACCAACCUCCCUUCUGGAUUAUCAUCACUAG